GCUGAGUCAUCACGACAGCUUCAGCUCGACAUCAACACAAUGGUGACGACUCAUGGUUCAGCUUCGUAUUUCCAAAUUUCAACAGGUAUCACAGCACUGUGAUCAGGUCGAUCUGCUAGAUUAAUCACAGCAACUGGUCCCAUCGCGGCGCCGUCAUUCGAAAUCCGGCACUGAACAGCACUAAGACCGAGCUUUUCUUUCAAGAUCACCAUUAAACAACAUGGCACAAGCAUCAGAGCCUCUGACCAAGCUGGACAUCUCGCAAUCCACUGGUUGGAAGAAGAUUGCAAGCGGCAAAGUGCGAGAGAUUUUCCAAAUCGAUCAGGACUCACUUCUCUUCGUUGCGACAGAUCGCAUUUCGGCUUAUGAUUAUAUUAUGGAGAAUGGCAUUCCCUCCAAAGGCGCUCUCCUGACCCAGCUCUCCGCGCACUGGUUCCAGCUUAUUCAAUCCAAGUACACUUCGCUCAGAACGCAUCUCAUCUCCAUGUCCCUUCCACGAGACACUCCCGCGGACCUGCAGUCGACACUCUCACGACGAAGCAUGCUGGUACGUCGCCAUGAUCUCAUCCCUCUCGAGUCCAUCGUCCGAGGCUACAUUACUGGCUCCGCUUGGAGCGAGUACCGGAAAUCUGGCACAGUCCACGGUAUGCAGGUCCCUGCUGGAAUGCAGGAGAGUCAACGGUUUGAAGGCGGCGCGAUCUGGACGCCUAGCACCAAGGCCGAACAGGGUGAACAUGAUGAGAACAUUUCCAAGGCGAAAGCUAUUGAGAUCGUUGGCGAGGAGGUUGCCAAGAAAAUCGAGCAAGUCUCGUUGGAGAUUUACAAGAUGGCACACGACUACGCUCUGCCUCGCGGCAUCAUCAUUGCCGAUACCAAGCUUGAAUUCGGCAUCGACAAGACUACCGGCGAGAUCAUCCUCGUGGACGAGGUCCUCACGCCAGACAGCAGUCGGUUCUGGCCCGCAGACAAGUACGAGGUUGGAAAAGGACAGGACAGCUAUGACAAGCAAUACCUCCGCGACUAUCUCACCAAGACAAACAACAAGCGCACGGGCGUGACAAUUCCCGAGGAAGUGGUCCGUGAGACGGCGAGGAAAUAUCAGGAGGCGUACGAGAAGCUGACCGGAAACGCUUGGGGGCAAUGAAAUAGGGAAUCUUGGAGAGCUGUGACUCUGUGACCCAUUUCGGCAGCUUUGACAUCGUGAGAUGUUCACACGAAACGUUCCCGAAUUGUUCAUGUCCACCGGCAAAUUGGUCCCGUUUCCAACGUGAGAUUCCGAAUACGAGGCACUGCCUUACAGUUUGACCGUAUGCAUGAAAUCUCUGUCAACGACGUAGAAGGUCUUCUGAUUUAGCAUGUGUCCCUUUUUUGAAGA